AUGACGAAAGUGAGUGCCCCUGAGAGACCAAUAGAUGAGUGGGCGGAUGACGUCAAACCGAGCUUUGUCAUCCAAGGACUGGUGGACUCUUUUGGCCCCGGAUGUAAAGAGGCAAAAGAUUGCACAUGCUGUCGGGGAGAAGGGGAGACAACUCCUGCGACUGUGUGGUGUUCGGCAUGCGAUGACGCCUUGUGUGAAGCAUGUGCCAGGGCACACAGGCGUUUUCAAGCCUCUCGUCACCAUGACGUACUUGAUCUGUCUGGGUCUGAGGUCAAUAUCUCCAGGAGACGUAAAGUGAUGUGUAUUGAACACAAGGAUGAGUGCAUCAAAUUCCUGUGCAAAGAUUGCGAGAAAGUCACCUGUCACAUCUGUUGUGUUAUCUAUCACAGGAAAUGUGAGUCAGUUGUGACACUGGAGUCGGAAUUACCUGCAUUGAAGUCCCAGCUGUUGAAUAAGAAGGAAACUAUUUCAAAGAAGCAACUCCAAAUGGAAGCAAAAGUUGAUGUUGUUACAGUGAACAUCAUUUCUGCAAAACAUCGAUAUGGAAAAAUGGAAGAGGACAUCAAGUCGUUUGGAACCAAAGCGAGAGAGAAGAUAAAACAAAUGGAAAAUAUACUGCUAGAUGAACUGAAAGAUGUUCCGGAAAUUGAACAACUGGCAGCUGGCUUGAAGACGGGCGAAAUAUCUGAAGGCCUGAAGGCUGCUCCUGUGUCACAAGACACUGGUAACGUUAGGGUAGCAGGAGAUCUGAAUGAGGUAUACGUAAGUGACGUAACUGUGUUGAUGGUGCAUGGUUCCGACACAGCGGUUGUCACAGAUACCUACAACAACAGUGUGAAGUCCUUCUACACCUGGAACAAACAGCGAGGUCACAGCAAGCUCAAAUUGGAAGGUGCACCACUGGGUGUAACAAGGCUGAGUCACGACCAGGUGGCUGUCACUGUGCCGAACAUCAGUCAGAUUGUAACAGUGCGAAGCAACCCUGGACUUGUUCUGAUGUCAACCAUCACAACCAUCAAGCAGUACAGGGGUAUAACGUGUCUGACACCAUCAACACUAGCAGCGGGUUCUGAAAGAUGUGUGGAUAUUCUGGACAUGACAGGAAACGUACUAAGGUCAAUUAGCCCUGUAGAUAGUGAGGAGGAAAUUAUACAUGGUCCAGACUUUCUUUGUACAACAAGAACAGAUAACAUCCUGGUGUCAGAUGACAGUUCCGGGCGUGUCUUGUGCCUGACAGCUGAAGGGGACGUUGUGUUCACCUACCCUGCGACAGGACACACAACUCUGAGAAGUACUUGUGGUAUCACAAGUACCAGCACAGGUGACAUCCUGGUUACUGACUACGGUGAACAUACUGUUGCUCAUCUGACUGAGUCGGGACAGUUUCAAAACUCCAGCAGAGACCCGUCAAGACUUCUCUCUCUGUACGAGGAAUUUAUCAUCACUCUGAUGCGCCUACGACGAGCUAAUGAUGUGGAACAGUUGUCUGACUUGUUUGGUGUUUAA